AUGGCUUCAAAAGUUUUUAGAGACCCUUUUGGCGCUCAUAAACCCAUAAAGUCGGCGGUCAAACCUGAAAAAGCACCCGUUCAGUCUUCAGAAAAGAGCCAGCCCCCAAAUACAAAGAAAAAGCAAAGCUAUCUUAGUGAAUAUGAGCGCGAAUCUCUCAAAGUUUUUACUUUCAAUAUCGACAAUAUCUACAACGCAAAUGUCAUUCCGCGCAUCGUCUUGAAAGAUCUUAUUGUGCAGACAAUCAAUGAACUUAUUAGUAGAGGCAAUAAAACACCCUUUCUUUUGUUUCCUUUCAGACCAUAUAAUGACGAUAUAAAACCACACGAUGUUAAUGGCCAAGUUUUAGAAGGCCAAGACGUUAAAGAUGUUAUAUUGCGCGUUUUUCCUCGUGGCCAGCGUCCUCUUGGUCCCCAAGCUAUUUUACGCGAGAUUAGAAGCGAAGAUAUUUAUACCCUUUCUGGUGUUUUAAAAUGGUGCUGGUCAAGACUACCUGGUGGUAUAAUCACUUGGAAGUUUUAUCGAGAAUAUAAGGAGCAGGAAAUGUCGCUUAUUCAACAAAAAAGUGUUUAUCCGUAUGAUGCUUUCAAGACUCUCAUGCCGAAACUUGUUGAGUCAACAGCCCAUCGUGAAAUCAUUCAAUCAUUUUUUUCUCUUCUAGUCAAGUUUUGCACAAUGACCAACUACAACCAUAUGGACCCCAAAAAGAUUAUUCGUUUGGCAGGUCUUUGGGCUUUUGACCUUAAUAAGCCCGACAAAGAUAGUUCAGAUUUUGCUGAGGGAAUUGCAUGUUGGAGCGUUGCAGCAGAAGCUUGCUAUCACUUGUUUUUGGCUCAUCUUCGCACUUUUUAUCCUGACCCUCGUACUAGGGGGUCAACCUACAUUGACAGCUCUUUGGAAAAGAUUCUGCAAAGUGAAACUACAUACCCUCCACCUUCCACUAUCUACAUGAAAAAGGCUGUUACUGUUCCCAAAGUCACACUAACUGUUGGCAGACUUUCUUCAAGUCCAUUCGUGCUUCUUCAACGCAUUUCAAAAAUUAUUCAGUUUGAAGAUUCUUCAAAAUUCAGCUCUGAUGACGACUACAAUAGUUUAUACUUUUUGUUUCACGACAUUAAUAAGAUUGAGGAUCACAUUACAGAAGAAAGUCGGCGUGUUUUGAAUAUUAUCAGCAAGGAAAAUACCAUUUUUGGUGAUCAUCCUCUUAAAAUUAAGGACACAGUCAAUUUACCAUAUGAUCUUCGGUGCAGAACUUGGUCUAAGUCAUAUAACCACGCAUUGAUUGACCCAACCACUGGAGAACCACACCGCCCUCUCACAAAUUACGUUUACGAAAAGCAUCAGCGUGACCUCAUCAAAAACGCUAAUUUCCCAACUGGCGAAAAACCAAAGGUUCCAUACCCGGAAGAUGAUGUUCUUCCUUCUAUAGGAAACACUCGCUCUGUCUCUACUGGUCCUUGGAAAGAGGUCAUUUCGACAUGGCAAAAAGUCAAUGCUACUAAUAUUGACAUUGACAAGUGGAACAAGGACCGCAGAAUCACAACAGAGAACCUUGCCACUUGUGUUGUUUCUAACGUUGCAAUAGACGAUUACUUUAUCUGGCUUUGGAUGUGCUCUCUUUCUAGCGAAGAAGACGAACGUCGCAAAGCCUUGUUUGGUCGUUCCAUUGUUGUCGAACUGAAUCUUGACAAUACACCUAGUGGACGUCGAUGGAUCAUUGUGGAAGAGAUUUUGUAUCCUCGCCCUCCCCCAAUGAAACAAAAGCCACCACCAGCUGAUUUACCGUUGAAAACACCACAGCAAGAUACAACAAAGAAAACUAAACCUAUCAGAGAAAAGAAGCCAGUAAGAAUUGCUGUGCCAACGCCUAAACCACCAGUUUCGAAAAACCUUACUGUACCUCCAAAGCAUAUAAAGAUCUCCACUCCUAUUUUAAAGGUUCCAGUUCCUACAACCGCUCCUAAGGUACUUUCUACAGCACCAGCACCGGUACCGGCACCAGCACCAGCACCAGCACCAGCACCAGCACCAGCACCAGCACCAGCACCAGCACCAGCACCGGCGCCUGCACUAGUGCCUGCCCAAACGCAAACCAUCCAUAUUCAUUAUGAUAACAUUGAACCGUUGGUUGCUGCUGUUUCCGCUCGUCUUAAGCAACAGCUUAUUGAUUCCACAACUCAAACUGAGGCUUCAAGACAACCUACCCCAGUGUUGCCCAUUUCAGCUGACGAUGCGAAUAACAAGGGUGUUCAGACAUACAAUUCAGAAUCUAUAGGUGUGGGGACAGAUUUAACUCCUGUAUUAGCUCGUGCUGAACUUCGCAACCUAACGCCACCACCACGAAACCAUGUUGAUUUUCCCAACAUUGAAGUUUCUCCUACAAAAAAAGAAUUUGUUCCAGCGCAGAGAGAUCUUAGACGUGGGUCUUCUUAUGAAGAUGUGAGGAACUCAAUUCCUUAUAUUAGUGCAGAAGACUUAGACGACUUUGAGUAUGCCAUCACUCCUAUUUUUGAUCCAUCUGUUGCUCCUAUCGAUGCAGUUGUUAUUCCAAAACUUCGAGUUGCAGCUCUUUCGCAGGCAGCACAAGCAGAGCGUCAAACACAGGAUGCUAAGUAUUCACCACCAAUGGAUGCCGAAAUUUUUAUUUCCCCCAUUAUAGAUGGUCAGUCUCAGAGACGCGUUUUCUCUUCACCUUCACGGCACCAUAUCCAACCUCGUGGUAGUCGUAGUUAUAAUGAGUAUGAAGAUGUUGAUUACAACAAUGACAAUCAUCUACAGCGGCACCUUCCUCAUCCUCCUCCUAAUUCCAGCCGCUAUAAUCAUCACCAUCCUAUUUUGAACAAGGGACCGCUUCCGCCAGCUGGCAAAGCUCAUGGACCUCUUCCUCCACCAUUAUUUCCUAUUUCUGCUAACGCAAGAGAAGCGACUAGAGGCCUUCCUGCUCCACCUAUGGGAGGCCAACCUCAGGAUGAGGGUAUUUUUGACAGAUCUAAUAAUCAAGAACCUUUUGGCUUUCAAGGCCGUGUUCAAAACCCAAUGUUUAGACCAUCACCUCAUUCCAGUGGAAGUACGUCUCGAAACUCACCCAGAACAAGUCAAAGUCCUCCAAAAAACACUAGCAAUGUUCCGCGUGACUUUCAAAACACCAACUUUAACCCACAACCAGUCGCUCGUUCCAGACAUCCAAAGCACCCUUCUAAGCUUCGUGACCAAAUGGAUCUUGAACCACCAAGACUUCCAGGCCAUUCACACCAAAGAGCCAGAAGCACUUCCAAUCUCCCUUCCGUUGAUGAUUUCAUGUUUGAUAGUGGACCAAUGCGUGGAGGUGCUGGAAUUGCUAAGGUUCCUUCUCACAAUAAUCAUCAUGCUGUCCCCACAAGUUAUCCAAAUCGUUCAAACGAUUCAGUAAAAGAUGUGCCAUAUGGAUCUGAUACCAGCUACCGCUACGACCUUCAUGAAAAACCUAAAGCAUCUCCUGAUCCACCCGGUAUCAUGAAAAACCGUGGUCCAUUUCAUUCAAAGAAUAAAAGCUUGGAUAAUGACUCGAUGAUGGGCUAUGAUAGUGAGAUUUCUGCAGAAUCCUUGACUGUUCCUUCCACUCGCAAUAUACUUCCUAAGGAACCAUCUGCUCCUCAAUUGUUCAAUAACACGCUCCCCCGAAAACCAGUAAAAAGCAGUGCCGCUUUUUUGGGAAAUCGAAAGGAAAAUAUUACUGGGAACAGUGCUGUGACAAGUUGCACUAUUGGUGAAUCUAUGGUAACUGCACCUACACAUGCAGCCAGCAUUACAGCUUCAAUGCACUCCAAGAGUACCAGCAGUUUUGUUUCUGAGGAACUUUCUCCUUCCAGUGCUUUUUCUCAUGAGUUUGUUGAGACCUCUGCAAACCGUCAGCAACAACAACAUCAACAACAGCUCUUGCAGCCUCUCACUCACCAUUCUGUUCAUGAAAACUCACCUUCCAUGAUUCAACAAGGUACACCAGAAGCUAUCAACUUGAGUGAGUUUUCAGCAACACCAACAAUUCCACAGGGCCAUGAAAACUCGUAUUCUGGCACAUCAACUGAACAUAAUAGAAACAGCGCUAGCACCGCUUCUCCUAAUUCAAGCUCUUCUACUGAACAAAAUAGAUCGGUCACUAACUCACUUCCUGAAUCUGAUCAGUCUCAUGGGUUGAUUUUAGAUGGUGAUGUUGGAUCGGCAGAACGCCCGGAUACUGGAAUUUCUAACUCGUCAUGGCAUGAAGUUAGAGAAAAUCUCAAUGAGAUGAAGCGCCAGUCUCAGAAUAUGGACGUUUUAGAUUAUCUUCCACCCAUUGUUGAAACUAAAACUUCUGAUACACUUGGAAGCAUUAGUCCUGAAGAGUACGUGAAUGAGACAGAGGAUGCUUUGCGACACCCCUCCAUUGUCACUGGUGAACAUGUAAAGACGAUUGCAGUGCACAACGUUCCUGGACCUCAGAAUGUACCAAUGAUGUCGUCAUCCCUUCCCCACUUUGAGAAAGGACCCAGUGGAAUUAAUAAAGGCAAAGAAAGACCUGAAAGUGGCGUGCUUGACUCUUCUGCAACUAGCAGCUUUGUUGCUCAAGUUGUGCGCGUGCCACCUCACUCAUCUCUUGAGAGUAGCGUUGUCCGUCCACCCAUAGUUGUUUCUAAAGCUGACGGUACAUCUUCAUCAUCCUCUGGAGAAGAAAAUACCCGACCAGGUGGUGUUCCUGUUUCACAAAUAAUUUCGCGACAGAUGUUACCACCUACAGAAACUUUGUUGAGCAACCCAGAAGCCUCUACCUCAUCUGAGGCGACGACAGGUGAACCUCAGAAAAUUCCGCUGCUACGAACACGACGUGAGCGAUUUUCAACUGGCAGCCCACUCUCAUUGUCAGCAAUUGCAAAUAAGACCAAGUUUAAGGAUCGUGCUCGACGAAUACUGUCAACUGGAAGUCACCCAAAUACUAGACGCCAUUCUACGGCUGAAAUAUCCGCCCCGACACCCGUGGUAGCUCAAACAAAUAAUGCUGCUGGACCAUCGGGUACUACAGAUCCGUUUUUUCAUUUUGAUUCUACUAAUGAGGAAAAUGUUGCCCGUGCAUAUGGAUAUGUUUCUCCUAGUGAACAAGAGGCAGCAGAGUUGCGUCGGGCGCUGAGCAAAGAGCCCGAUGAUGGCGGGAUCGAAAGUGCCAAUGGAACACCUGCCAUUGCUUAUACUAUGGCAAGAGCUGCUGCCGAAGAAUCAGAUAACACAUUGGGUUAUGUUCCACCUUCUUCUGGAGGAUUGCCUGAGGCCCGAACACAACAGCGACAAGUCGCUCAAGAAUCUUAUGGUGCUUAUAAUGAGUAUGCACGCAAGAGACUUGAAGCCUAUCAUAGACAAGAGGCUCAACACAAGUUGGAAGCUCAUCAUGUUGCUAUUACGAAAAAUCACCACGAGCAGCCUCCAUUGCUCCAGCCAUUGGGCCAGGAGUAUCCUGAACAUUUUGCACCCAACUAUACACCAGCAUCUCACGACUUACGAUAUGUGCACAGUGAUGUGCUUGAAAAUGAGCCUGAGUCAGCACCUAAAGCUAGCCGAUUGAGUUUGCAAGGUAUUGUCAAGGCAGUAAAGAAGGUUGGCAAGAAGUAA